GAAAGCAAACCGAAAACCACUGUGGAAGAGCGCAUAUACCGUAAAGGAUUCUGACACUUUGUAACAGGAGCUUUAACAUCGUUAUCCCCCGCGAAAGAGGCUACACAAAGGGACAGGAUUUCGAAAGGAAAAGCUUGGAAUUGGACUUGGAAUUUGAAAUAUAUCUGGAAACAUGACUCUGAACAAAGGUGACAAAUUGCGGAACAUGGACAAAAGACGAGGUAGCAUACCGUUUCCCGUCCACCUGCAGACCCUGCAUCGAAGGAGCAUGCCAGUGGAUGACCGAGAGCUGCACUCUACAAUGCCCUCAGCACAAACGGGAGAGCUGGCGAGCCUUAUGCGCUGCACGUCCUACAGCCCCUGUGACCAGCACCGAGAUAGCUGCGUGUCAGACUCUUCCGACUCUAUCAUCUCCUCAGGCAGCGACUCCGAGGGACAGGCUCACAAGGUGGUUCUCCUGGGCGAACAUGGCGUUGGAAAAUCAAGUUUGGCACGUAUAUUCGGCGGAGUUGAAGAGUGUCACGACUGCGAUGAAGCAGGAAACACAUAUGACAGAUCAGUCAUUGUUGAUGACGAGGAGGCUUCUAUUAUUUUGUAUGACAUAUGGGAACAGGAUAACAGCCAAUGGCUGAGGGAGCAGUGCAUGCGGAUGGGCGAUGCUUACAUCAUCGUGUAUUCAGUAACGGACAAGGCCAGCUUUGAGAAGGCCUCUGAGCUGCGCAUACAGCUGCGCAGGGCCAGGCAGUCUGAGAACAUUCCCAUUAUACUAGUGGGGAACAAGAGCGAUCUUGUGCGGUCCAGAGAGGUCACAGUGGAGGAGGGAAGAGCUUGCGCUGUGGUGUUUGACUGCAAGUUUAUUGAGACGUCGGCCUCGCUGCACCACAACGUUCGGGACCUCUUCGAGGGCAUCGUCCGGCAGAUACGCCUGCGCAAAGACAGCAAAGAGGACAACGCCAGGCGGCAGGCCAACAACAAGAGGCGGGAAAGCAUCAGCAAGAAGGCCAAACGCUUCCUGGGCCGGAUGGUGGCUAAGAAGAACAAAAAGAUGGCCUUUCGGCAGAAGUCCAAGUCCUGUCAUGACCUCUCAGUCCUCUGAGAAGUCAAAACGUUUUGCCCCCCCCCCCCCCCCGAAGACCAGAAGCUGUGUGUCACAGGCUUGAGUUUUCAACACUAACCCAAGGACUGAAAGAACUGUACAUACAUUUAUUUACAUUUUUUAAAAUUGUAAAUUGAGAGGAUUGUAUUGAGAAAAAUGCCAUGACAAUUUGGUGAUGAUGAAUCUGCAUGAGGCUUUCUAAAUUUCACCAUUUUUUCUUUUUUUAAAUCUGCCUUAAAAUAAAAUGUUUGGCUUGUGUUUUUAGAGAGUUACAGUGCAAAAUCACAUCCUAAUAAUUAGGUGGACAUAGUAUUGCCUUGGCAGUGAAGGAAGUAUGGUAUUGUGUUACUGUAUAUUCUAUUUGAUGGAACAUUUAGCACACACCAUACUACAGAGUGCGCAGAAAAACAAACAGGGAGCAUUGUUACAGAAACUUUUAUAGAAAGGGUUGUAAAAAUGUUAUUUAAAGCACUUUGUGUAAGAUCACCAUUUAUGUGUCAUCUGGAAGCAUAUUUACUUGAAAAUGAGUACGCUGGUUCGUACAGUACUUUGGCUAAGAUACAGAGACAUAAGUGGGUGGGAGGCAGUGAGGAUUAAAAUGAAAAAAGAACGUAUUCUUAUUUUGUCCUGGGAUUCACACUACAGAUGUAAAUGAAUGAACAGAAGCAAUAAGUUAUAUUUGUGUCGUGAAUUUGCAUUGUUUAGACAUUGUUUGUUUCUUAAAACUAUGUUAUUUCAUUUU